GGCAGCGGCUCUCGCAGUUCAGCAGCGAGGGGGGCUUUGGCUGGAGCCAAUGAAGAGUCACUGAGCUGCGCCCGGGUUGGCGGCACAGGCACCCCGGGCGGAGGAAGAGCAGCGGCCGCUCCGGUUCCCGCUCCCCGCGCUGCCAUGGGUUAAAGGGGGAAGCGGAGAGCGAGGAACAAUAAACCUGCGGCUGCCGCCGGUGCGGAGCGCGGCUCCAGCUGCUGCCCGAGGGCGAGGCGGAGAAGGAGGAUGCCGGGCGCGCCGAGCUGAGCGCGGAGCCGAGAAGUGGCCGGAGCCUGGCGGGGAGGAGGAAGAAGUGAGGCGAGCGAGGGGUAGGGGGGGUGGAUGCUUUUUGUCGCUGCCCCGGUGCCGGAGCAGCAGCGGCGGCGGCUGCAGGGGAAGGAGGCGGAGGAGAGAUGAUCGCAGAGUUGGUGAGCGGCGCCCUGGGGCUCGUCCUGUAUCUCAACACCCUGGGGGCGGAUUUCUGCUACGAUGACAGCCGAGCCAUCAAGACAAACCAGGAUCUUCUGCCAGAAACCCCCUGGACUCACAUAUUCUACAAUGAUUUUUGGGGAACUCUCCUAACCCACAGCGGGAGUCACAAGUCCUACCGUCCUCUCUGCACACUCUCCUUUCGCAUUAACCAUGCCAUUGGAGGCAUGGAUCCUUGGAGCUACCACCUUGUAAAUGUCCUGUUACACACUGCAGUCACUGGGCUUUUCACAAACUUCUCCAGAAUCUUGUUUGGGGAUGGAUAUUGGACCUUAAUCGCAGGCCUGCUGUUUGCGUCUCAUCCCAUCCACACCGAAGCAGUGGCAGGAAUUGUGGGGAGGGCUGACGUUGGAGCCUGCUUUUUUUUUCUGCUCUCAUUGAUGUGUUACGUUAAACAUUGCUCUACAAGAAGCUACUCAACCAGCACUUGGGGCUGGAUCUUGGGGACAGGACUAUGUGCUGGCUGCAGCAUGUUGUGGAAGGAGCAAGGAGUGACUGUUCUAGCAGUUUCAGCAGUUUAUGAUGUCUUUGUGUUUCACAGGCUGAAAAUGAACCAAAUCAUUCCUUCUAUAUAUAAAAGGAAGAAUUUGUCCCUUUUCUUCAGCAUUGGUUUAUUGACUUUCUGGGGGACUGCACUGCUGGGUGUCCGCUUGUACUGGAUGGGCAACAAGCCACCAAGCUUUUCCAACUCUGACAACCCAGCAGCUGACUCAGACAGUUUUCUUACACGCACUCUGACCUUUUUUUACUUACCGACCAAGAACCUCUGGCUGUUGCUGUGCCCGGACACCCUCAGCUUUGAUUGGUCUAUGGAUGCUGUACCUCUUCUUAAAACAGCCAGUGACUGGAGGAAUCUACACACUGUGGCCUUCUAUGCUGGAAUCCUCCUCCUUGCCUACUCUAGCUUGAAGAGUUCCAGUAAUAAGAGAGAAUGCAAUGGGAAAACUGUAAUGAAUGGCAAGCAGAAUACUAAUGGGCAUAGCUGCCACUCUGACAUGGAGUACAAGAGUUUGGAGCUGAAGUCCAGCUUUGCCUCAAAAGAAGAGAAUGGCAUAAAAAAACCUGUAAUUCAGAGACCUCAGCUUCCUUCAACUGAGAACAUUGUACUUCUGUCUCUGUCUUUGUUAAUAGUGCCCUUUGUUCCUGCCACAAACCUAUUUUUCUAUGUAGGCUUUGUAAUAGCAGAGCGUGUACUCUAUAUUCCUAGUAUGGGCUUCUGCCUGCUGAUUACAGUGGGUGCCAGGUCCCUUUAUGUCAAAGCCCAAAAGCGCUUUCUGAAGAACUUUAUUUUUUAUGCCACUGCUGCAUUAAUUCUUUUCUAUGGACUCAAGACUGUUGUCAGGAAUGAGGACUGGCAGAAUGAGGAGAUGCUGUAUAGGUCAGGGAUAAAAGUAAACCCAGCUAAAGCUUGGGGUAACCUUGGAAAUGUUCUCAAGAGCCAGAGCAAGAUUUCAGAAGCUGAAAGCGCCUAUAGAAAUGCCUUGUACUACCGCAGCAACAUGGCUGAUAUGCUUUAUAAUUUAGGAUUACUGCUGCAGGAAAACAGCAGAUUUUCAGAAGCACUACAUUACUAUAAACUGGCAAUUGGUAGCAGACCCACAUUAGCUUCUGCCUAUUUAAAUACUGGUAUUAUCCUGAUGACUCAAGGAAAGACUGAGGAAGCCAGGAGGACGUUCCUGAAGUGUUCAGAGAUCCCUGAUGAAAAUUUGAAAGAUCCUCAUGCUCACAAGAGCUCUGUUACCAGUUGCCUUUAUAACUUAGGAAAACUCUUUCAUGAACAAGGACAUUAUGAGGAUGCCCUUAUGGUUUACAAGGAAGCAAUACAGAAAAUGCCAAGGCAGUUUGCACCACAAAGCUUAUACAAUAUGAUGGGAGAAGCCUACAUGAGACUGAGCAAGUUGCCUGAAGCAGAACACUGGUAUAUGGAGUCGUUGCGAUCCAAGACUGACCACAUCCCAGCACAUCUCACAUACGGGAAACUUCUGGCUCUAACGGGCCGCAAGAGUGAGGCAGAAAAGUACUUCUUGAAGGCUAUUCAGCUGGAUCCUACCAAAGGCAAUGGUUACAUGCACUAUGGUCAGUUUCUCCUAGAAGAAUCCCGCCUGAUAGAAGCAGCUGAAAUGUCAAAGAAGGCAGCUGAGCUGGACAAUACAGAGUUUGAUGUUGUCUUCAAUGCAGCCCAUAUGCUCAGACAAGCCAGUCUCAAUGAAGCAGCGGAGAAGUAUUAUGAAAUGGCAGCAGGAUUGAGACCUAAUUAUCCAGCUGCCCUGAUGAAUCUUGGAGCCAUUCUUCAUCUCAAUGGUAAACUCAGAGAUGCUGAAGCAAACUACCUUCGUGCUCUCCAAUUUAAGCCAGAUGAUGUCAUCACACAGUCAAAUCUUCGCAAACUGUGGAAUAUCAUGGAAAAACAAGGUUUAAAGACGUCUAAAACAUGACAAAGAAAAAAUUUCUUUUUCUUUAAAUUGACUCAAAUCCAGAACAAAACUUCCAGAAAGUUAUCUGAUCAAAGCUCUCAUUGGACUUGACUGCAAGGGUCAGGGGGUCUUAUUUGCUGCUAGCAGAACCUAUUCCGGUUUUUGGCAUAACUUUUGUUGCCAGAAAAAUAAAGGGAGAUUCUUUGGAUGGUUCACAAAGGACUCAACUAUUACAAAAAAUAAAAUAAAAAAU